AUGACGCCGAUGGCUUCGCCUCAACCCAUGACCCACAAGCCCGCGAUCAUGCUGGAGACGGACAUGUGCGACGACAACCUCUACUUCCCUUCGACACCACCCUUGUCGACCUGCGGCAGCGCCAUUAGCAGCCCCAACAACACCUGCGAGCUCCUCCAAACGCCAAUGAACCCCAUGUUCUCUGGGUUGGACGGCUUUGACGGUCUGGACGGCUUCAAGGAGACGCUGGAAGUGCCCGAGAACCUCGCCGUGGACUGGAACAGCUGCGGAUCUCCCCCGAUGACACCUGUCUACCUGCAAAACCAAGCAAGCAAGGUCCCCUCGCUUAGCACCAACACUAGCGACCUCCUUUCCACAGCAUCUUGCCCAUCGCUUUCUCCCUCACCCUCACCGUACGCCAGGUCGGUCGCUUCCGAACAGGAUCUUGACUUUUGCGACCCGCGCAACCUCACUGUCGCUGCUGCACCCAACACAUCCAACCCGACUCUGGCGCCCGAGUACUCUGCCUUCACCCUAGGUGACGAGCUCAGGGGUGAAGUCUCUGCCAAGGCCCCCACCUCGGCCCCCUCUCACCAGACCUUUGACUUCAACCCUGCCAUUCCUCACGGGCUUCCCGCCUUCGAGGACCUGUCUGACUUGGAGUCCGAAGACGACUUUGUCAACGGCCUCGUCAACCUAGGCGACGCACACUCUGCCGAGGUGCGCCGCCCUCGCGCCUGCACCGGCUCCAGCGUCGUCUCACUCGGCCACGCCAGCUUCAUUGGUGAGGAGUUCAACUUCGACGACGCUGAGAUUUCCGUCCCGGCUUGUCUCCCCAGCCCUUCAUCUUCAUGCGCCGACAACGACUGCCACCAGAACAAGCGUCGCAAGGUGAUCAAGCAGGAGCCCCGCAACUCUACGUCCAUGAUGAACUCGGCCGCCGGGUCUUCCCAGGCCACCAGCAGCGAGCAGCGAUCCAACAGCCAGGCUCCCGCCUCUGAGGCCAACAGCUCGUCCGACUCGGAGACCCCAUCUGCCCCCCUUCCCGCGCCCGUGAACCGCCGUGGUCGCAAGCAGUCCCUCACCGAGGACCCCUCCAAGACCUUCGUCUGCGAGCUUUGCAACCGCCGCUUCCGUCGCCAGGAGCACCUCAAGCGUCACUACCGCUCGCUCCACACCGGUGAGAAGCCUUUUGAGUGCCACGAGUGCGGCAAGAAGUUCUCCCGCAGCGACAACCUGUCCCAGCACGCCAGAACCCACGGCAGCGGCGCCAUCGUCAUGGAGCUUGACGACUCGGGUGUUCACUCAUUCGACCACAGCAUGAUGGGCCACCCCGAGGACUACCACACACUGGGCAAGGUACUCUUCCAGUGUGCUGCCGAGAUCCCCGGAAGCGCUAGCGAGCUCUCCUCGGAAGAAGAAAACAGCAAGAAGAAGCGCAAGCGCUCCGACUGA